CUCCGUUCCCGAGUUCACCUUCAUUUGUAUAUUUUAAUUUGACGAAGACUACUCGUUCUGUGUCGUUUUUUUUUACAAGUUUGUGUUGUGAAGUGUCUAUUUUGGUCUAAAGGAUUUGAAUGUUUUGUACUUAUUUCGUGAUUCGACUGGAGAUUCGCCGGAAAUAAGCCGUGAAUUAUUGCGUGAUCGCCAAAACAUACGGACAUGGCACCUAAGCCACUCGGUCUUGGCGAAAAAAAUUGGCGGAGUCCGCUGGAGGGACGGUCGGCCCCGAGGCCGCUGGUUGUGGUGUCUUCGGAACACUUCGAGAAGUGCGUGUGUCACAGUUUGGACGCGGUGCUGCCGAAAAAGCACGCCAACGAUAGGAGACCGAACAAGAGGUCCUUUUCUACGUGGAAUUUGGAGGAUACGACGAACGGCCAGUCCGUUGACGAGAAGGACAAACGUAAAAAAGUGCGUGGCUGGAGGAAAAGUGAGAAAACGACUCAUGGGUCCAGUAUCAUAGGAUGCAUAAAAAUUGUUGGACAUCUCUUUGGUAAACGUAAGGACGGUAAUAAAGUGACGACUGUAGUGGCGACUCCUGGACAGGGACCCGAUAGACCACAGGAAGUUUCCUAUACGGAUACCAAAGUUAUUGGUAAUGGCAGCUUCGGCGUCGUAUACCAAGCCAAAUUAUGUGAGACCAAUGAGUUGGUCGCUAUUAAAAAAGUACUACAAGAUAAAAGGUUCAAGAACCGGGAGCUACAAAUAAUGCGAAAAUUAGAACAUUGUAAUAUAGUAAAACUUAAAUAUUUCUUUUACUCCAGUGGUGAUAAGAAAGAUGAAGUGUACCUGAAUUUGGUAUUGGAGUUUAUUCCCGAAACAGUUUAUAAGGUAGCAAGGCAUUACAGUAAAUCCAAGCAAACCAUCCCAAUCAGCUUUAUAAAGUUAUAUAUGUACCAAUUGUUCAGAUCUUUGGCGUACAUCCAUUCGUUAGGAAUUUGUCACCGAGACAUCAAACCUCAAAAUUUGCUGUUAGACCCAGAAACAGGUGUGCUGAAGCUAUGCGAUUUUGGCAGUGCGAAACACUUGGUCAGAGGCGAGCCGAAUGUAUCUUAUAUUUGUAGCCGUUACUACAGGGCUCCGGAACUGAUAUUUGGCGCCAUCGAUUAUACCACAAAAAUUGACGUGUGGAGUGCGGGAUGCGUGUUGGCCGAACUUCUCUUAGGCCAACCGAUAUUUCCAGGAGAUUCUGGUGUUGACCAAUUGGUCGAAAUCAUCAAAGUACUUGGCACGCCAACGAAAGAGCAAAUCAAAGAGAUGAACCCUAACUACACGGAAUUCAAAUUUCCACAGAUCAAGUCUCACCCUUGGCAACAGAUUCAUAACAUCCUUCACUCAUUCCCUAGUCGGAUGUCAUUUCUCGAACAAUCUUUCACAAUAAAACCAACUAAGGUGUUCCGUGUCAGAACUCCGCCGGAAGCUAUCGAAUUGGUCUCUAGGCUGCUUGAGUACACACCUUCGUCACGAAUAAGCCCCCUGCAAGCGUGCGCUCAUCCCUUCUUCAACGAACUACGUGAACCCAAUACCCGCCUGCCCAACAACAAUGAACUGCCACCUCUGUUCAAUUUCACAGAACACGAGUUGAGCAUUCAACCUAGCCUCAAUGCGAUACUCAUUCCUAGGGGACAGGGUGGUUCCGAGUCAACCAACAGUCCCCAGGACGGCCCGUCGAGUGUGGCUACCGAGGGCAGCGAUACCCCUGUAGUAGCUGCAGCCACCGCCUCCGGUAUGGCUUAGAUUGAUAAUUUAUUCCUGUAAAAAAAUAAAUGGCAGACGGUUGGGCACCCAACACAAUAUGGGUCUUUUUCUAGGCGUACAAAACACACACAUACACCACAUAAAAAUUUGCACGCAAAAUUUAGGGUGCGUGCUUUUCUGCUGAUCCACUUCAAUAUGUUACAUCUUUCAGAUCUGUGUGUUCUUUGUCCGUUUCGCUGGGACGGCUGUACUAUAUUUAGAGUAUAUAAAAUUUAAUAUACGUUCAUUGUACAGAACUCUUUGACUUAUUGUUUUUGAUCCAUUGAUAUAUAGCUUAUUACUCUGUACUCGUUGAAAUUCAAUAUUGAGAUGAUUAAACUGAUAAAAUAUCACCUUCCACCAGUUUUUCGGAAGAUUCAACGUUGUAGUGUCGAUCAAGUUAUGGCAAUGACUAAGAGGAUAUCACUAAACCAUUAAAAACUAUACAAGUUACAUGUGAUUCCUUCAACUUUGAAUAUAACAUUAAAAACUAGUUAUCUCUUAGGUGUUCCUAUUUUCUUGUUACUUUUAUGUUGUAUGAGUAUAUUUCAUCAUUACCUGUUAUUUCUAAUACUUUUUUUAAGUGUUUCAUGCAUUUCAUCAAUCUGGUAUCAAUUGUUGUAAUUUAUGUAUUAUUUUUGUUUUAGCUUUUUCGGUUUGAAUCUAAUUUUGUGAAUUUGUAAAUCUAAUUGUAAUACAUAUCUGAGGUGAUCUAGGAGCAAUUUGAAUAUUUCAUUUUCAGCAUUUACGGAUUAAUUGCUGACCAAUCAUUAAAAAAAUGUGAAAGUAUAUAUUAUUGAGGUCUUAACGAAAUUUCAUACAAAUGUCUUUUCCUAUGAAUUGUCGUUAUUUAUUUUUGAACUAUUCUUCAUCUAUGAGAAACAAGGAUAGAAUCAAUAAAUCACAUAAAAGUACAGACCAAUUUUCGUACUUUCCUUAAACUGCGAUUUCAAUCAAUAAAAUUCCAUUAUCUGAUGUUACAGGUGAGCUUUUGCCAAUAUGAUAUUUCUAGUUCAAGAUUUCAACGAGUACAAAUUUCCUCAAAGGUGUCCCAUCCUCGUUUUUAUCGGUGUUGAUUUUUUUUAACUUUUCAAAUCCCAAUCAUGAAAUAUGUGUCGUCUUGGAGCUUCUCGUAUUUAUUGAAAUUUUUAUUUAUGUAUGAUUCGAAAAAUUUUUUAAUAUAGUUUUCCUAUUGAACAUGACAUUCGGAUGAAUCCUUUUUAAGAAAAGUGUUUUAUUGAAAAUUAAUUUUUUUUUAACAAUGAAUCGAAUCCAUUCGUCUAUGAAAUUAUGAAUGUCCAUCAUUAAUUAAGUCGAAAAUUAAUAGCUUGAUUAUUGAGAAACAUUUUUAUGGGUUGUGUCUUGAAAUUGAUAAGUAGGAUCGGUGUUAUCUAGAUUUGCGAUUCAAAGCAAGUCGAUCAAGUUAAUGCAGAUAUCAAAACUCCAUUUUAGAUUUAGUUUAACAUCAAAUAUGAAACGGAAAAAAAAUAUUUUUUCUCCAUUUUGAUGUUGAAGCUCAGCUUAUAGAUGCACACUUAAGAAAAACCGAGUAUGCAAUCUUGUUUUUGGUGAAGAGUUCAUCUGUGGGAAAAUUGUCCACCUAAAACAUUUUUCUUAAAUUGAAUCUAGAGCUAUAAUGAGUUUUCAAAAAAAAAUAUUUAUUUGUGGAAUUACCUUAGAUCAAGAGUUAGCAGUGUAUAUAUAUAUUGAAAAUCCACUCGUAAUAUAACAAAAACAAAAGUA